UCACUCGGUCUCUUCUCUUCGUCUCUCAGUCAAGAGGGCAAUUGGAUAACGUGGAUGAUGAUCCCGUUGUCCAGGAGAGUCACGUAUUCAAAUCCACGCUGGAAAGUUUCCUCUCAUAAAUGUACACGUCAAACCCAUAAAGUGUUAAAAGGAUAAAAGCAAGAAAGAACAUGACCAAACAAACACCAAAACAGCUCAGAGCUCAGUCCGCCUCUGAGCUUUUUAAUUCCCGGGACAAUGGAGAGAGCAAGAGGGCUCAGCGGAAUGGGGGUUUCAAAGUUUUGGAGGCCGUAGUUUUUGUGAAGUAAAGAAAAUGAAGAAAUUAUGUGAGUUUUGCUCGGUACUAAGGCCAGUUGUGUACUGUAAAGCUGAUGCAGCACAUCUUUGCCUUUCCUGCGAUGCAAAGGUCCACUCAGCAAACACUCUUUUUAACCGACAUCUGCGUACUAUCUUAUGCAAUUCAUGCAAAUACCGCUCCGCUUAUGUUCAGUGUUUGGAUCACAAGAUGUUUAUGUGUCGUGUCUGUGACAUUACCCUGCAUAUUGCUUCCCAGCAUCAGAAAAGGGCAAUUAGCAGUUACACAGGUUGCCCAUCUGCUAAGGACUUUGCAGCAUUUUGGGGUUUUGAAUUGAACGAGCUAGACAGUAGUGCACAUCUGGAUGGAAUUCUCUCCACUUCUUGUGGCUCUUCCUGUGACUCAACUGCAGUAAACUUAGAUAGUUGUGAACAGUCUUGCUCUCAAGUUGAAGGCUUUCCAGCAGCAAAUUCUCCCACCCUGGCUCCAGGUGUAGAUUCUGAAGUGGGUUCAAGCAGUCAACAAUACAAGAUUCUUGACUUAAAAAGGCUUCAGCUCACUGAAGGGAGCAGCCCUUCGCUUCUGAUACGUGGCAAAGAACAAAGUGACUUAUCUUCUUCAGUACAUCACACAUCAGGGAGGUUCGAUAAUAAUCUUGAUCAGAGUUUACAACAUUCCGAGAUUACUAGAUUUAGGCAAAGGGGCAGUCUACUUCAGGAUCUGAAAGUUGAUAAUUCGCCAUUUCCAUUUUCUCAACUGGAGCACGUGCCACCAUCUUCAACUGCUGGACUUCCAUUGGAUACAGAAUCGUUUUGGCAGUGCAGAAGUCCGGUUGAAAGUUGUCAGCUGUGGGCUCAAAAUAUGCAAGACAUUGGGGUUUGUGAAGAACUUGUUUGUCAUGAUGAUUUUAAUAUGCCUGAUGUUGAUAUGACAUUCCAAAACUUCGAAGAACUAUUUGGAAGUGAUCAAGAUCCAACCAGAGCACUGCUUGAUGAUAAAGAUGUACCAUACUCCUCAGUGUUGAAGUAUAUAUCCCUUGACAAAUCAGAUAAUGGCCAUGCAAGAGCAAGGAUGGAGCAUGAUGCGUCAGAGGUUUCGUCUAUUUUCUUUAACAAAGUUCAAAACCUUGAAGGAAGCAUGGAUUAUUGCCCAUGUCCUAUUCAACCAUCUUCUUCAACUUUGUCAUUCUGUAUGUCAAGGUUCAAUGCCGAAAGCAGCGGUACCGAUUGUCAUGAAAGCCGGCUUUCACCCUAUAUUGCCACAGGGGAGACUUCAAGAAAUUCACCUCAUGACCAAGAGGGUGGGCGCUUUGAAACCAGAGCAAAUGCCAUGACGAGGUACAAAGAGAAGAAGCAUUCCCGACUGCUUGUGAGAAAAAAUCGAUAUCCAUUUAGGAAAGGUAGAGCUGAUAACGUAAGCGGGAAAAAGGAAGAGUUGUGAAGAGGAGAGAAGACUAUGACUCUGACACUGUAAAUGUGACAAGAACUUAUUGAACUCUUGCAUGCAUGUUGGUCUUGUACAUACACCAUGGUACCAAUGAGAUUCUUGGGUUGGGUCCAAUGGUGGGACGGACGAAGUGUUUCGACCAUGAGCCCAAAUUAAAAGAAAAUGCAAAUUGAGUAA